UUUUUCUUGUGACUCAAGACUCCAAUAUGGUUCUUUGGAAAUUACUAGGUUAUACUAAUUUGCAGCUUGUUUUACAAUAAAUUUUUGCUUCAUAUGAAAUUAAAAAUCUGAGCCUAUUCAAUGAUAAAGUUAUCAUUUUAAAAUCUUAAAACUGCUUCAGUAAUUCUUGAAUAUAUUGUAGGGAAGUUUGGUUGUAAAGGUUGUUUAUGAAGUUGUUUUUGAGGUUGUAAAGUAAGUUGUUUAUGAAUGGUAAAAGAAUUGAUUCUUGAAGGAAAUAGUAGAGUGCAACUUACUAAAAAUGGUUUCCAUCAGAUGUAGAAAGGAGUUUUAAAUCUAUAUUCGUCUAGCAUAACAUAGCAUAGCUUGGCCGAGUGCGGCCAAGGCUUGGCCGUGUCAAGUCGAGUUUUGUGCAGCUCCGUAUAAUUAAUCCAUUUUCAUUGUAAAAUUAAUGUAUUUCAGUGUCGUGUGUUAGUGCAUUGUGAUCAACUAAGUACGGGCUUCAACUUCAACGUCUCAAAUAAUCUGGAGUGACGUGUUAAUAGAUUUAAUGUUGUUUUAUUCAGUCGACAAUUUAAAGAGUAUCUUGUUUGCAGGUUAGAAAAUUUUUCUGUGUUGGUCAGUUUCAAAGCCUGUUGUUAGUGUUAGAGAGCUUAUCACUUGUCAGCCUCUAAUCUCAGAUAAGUACUGCAAUACUUUCACUCUUUUCUAGAACUGUUAUGACCCAUAAAAUAAGAAAACUCAUCUGAGCUGAGUCAUAUUAUUGCUAUCCUGAUUGUCUUCACCUUUUACCCAUAUAGUCAUUGAUCCUUCAUUUUCCAGGAGCUUCCAUAUAUUCCUGUCUUGAUGGCUCUCUAGGCUUCAAUCAUCCUUUCUAUAUUCCCUACCCGCAAUAAUAGAAUAUGCUAUUAUUAAAGCUAUAGGAUUAGGCUACAGUUGUGUUUUUCCAUUCAGCUGUUUGCUUUUGGAUAUAAAUCUCGAUCCAUUUUCGCGACAUUUUCUGUAAGUCCGGUUUUGGCUACACACAAUCAUGCUUACACGUACUGGACGCUAUAAUUGUAUAACAAACCUUGAGCAUGAUCUUAAUAAUCUGAGAGAAAAUGUUUUCGAUAGUGGAGUGUUAGAGAUAGCUAUCAAUUUACACGGAAUACUUGACACAAUAUCGCAUAAAUUCUCAAAGGAUGCGGUGAUUGACAUAAUCCCCGAAAUUACAUCACUUUUAAAUAAAUAUGAUGCUUCGGUUAAAGUGAAUGAGGACCUGAAAAGGAUAUUAACCGACGUGUCAUCAGAAAAACUUGCACUAGAGAAAUUACUAUUACAAGAGAAAAAGAACAGAAAAAACGAUUUUGACGAGUCUAUUACCAAUGAGGAGAAAGCAGAUUUUGAAAUUAGUGAACUUAAAUCAAAGCUUAGUUUCAAUAUGACAUCAGUUGAUGAAUUAAAGACUGAAAUUAGUUCCAAAGAUGCGAUAAUCAAUUUGUUGAGUAACGAUGCGCAAAAUGCUGCGGAAAAAAUUUUAAAACUGGAAACUGAAUUUAAAUCUAUGAGGAGGAAUUCAAUCGAUUCAUCAAAUAAUAAUGACGAUUUCAUCACUCCGAGAACUACAGUUAGAGCUCGAAACAAUGCAACUUGUGCUAUUAAAUUGAAUAACAGAUUUACAGUACUCUCAGAAAAUAUAUCAACAUCAACUUGCUCAAAUAGGUCUACAUCCGAUAAACUACUGGUCAAGGCGCAAAUACAUAGAUCCACUACACCCGAAAAUAAAUCUUUCUCAAAACGCAGAGUAGUCAACAAUAGCUCCAACAAAAAGAAAAGGAGAGUAACUAUUAUGGCAGAUAGUCAAGGUAAACAAUUGAGUGGAUAUCUGCAGCAUCUCGAUGAUGACUUCGACGUCUUCGUUUACACCAAGCCAGGAGCCAAACUAAAGCAUGUUGUUCAAGAUGGGCUUGUUUUUGUUAGCGAUUUUACUGAGGACGAUUUUAUCAUCAUAUUAGCUGGCUCAAACGAUCAUCACUUGGAUGAACCUUAUCAGCUAACCCUGCUUCAAGGAAUAAGUUCUCUUCUCGAAUUAAACCUGAAAACGAACAUCAUCGUGUGUAGUGUGCCCUUACGGUAUGAUGACCAGCGGCUCAAUGAAAACAUUCUCCACUCCAAUUCCUACUUGUCUCGUAUGGUGCGCAACUACAAUGGCAAAAUGAAGCUUCACUACUUCGAUAUAAACAUCUUCCUCCAGAGAACUCAUUUCACGAGACACGGUCUACAUUUCAAUCGUCAAGGAAAAAGACUAAUUUCAAAACAAUUAAUAACAUUUGUUAAGCAGAAUUUUAUUAAUAAUGUUAACAGCGUGUCUAUGUCCGUUGUAAAUGAGGUUUCCACAAGGCAGCAUACGAUUCAAUCCCUCGAAAUUCCUGAAUCUCCCGACAUUCAAUACAUUGGUUCCUUUCCUGUGACACCCAUCCCACCAAGUUCACCUGCAUCCUGUGACCCAACUCUCGAAGAAACAAUCUUUACAGAGAUAGAUUUUCCAAUUCAAUCCUUACAUCAGUCCAUGAAUAAAACCGAUUUUUUAGACAGUUCAGCAAUUCCUUUUCUCAACAAAACAAUUUAAGUGUUCACAAUUUAAGUAGAAAUCUCAAUGUCUUUUCAAUAUUUUAUUGUAAUGUACAGUCUCUAAACAACAAAGUCAAUGAAAUUGAAAUGAUGAAUGAUGAGAAACGUUUUGAUGUACUUUGUCUCUCAGAACACUGGUUGAGAGAAGAAUUUUUGAAUCUAGUGAGCUUAAAAGGUUUUUUGCUGGUAUCUGCCUUCUGUAGAACAAAGUCUAAGAAUGGUGGUGUCGCAAUUUUUAUUGCAAACAAACAUGCUGAUCAGAUACAUCCACUUGAUCUAUCUUCUCAUUCUCGUGAAAUUCACCAUGAAUUUGCAGGAUUUAUAUUUAAAAAGUUGAAGCUCUUGAUAAUUGUUAUUUACAGAUCACCUAAUGGUGAUCUAGAAAUUUUUCUUGAAGCGUUAGAAAGAUUGAUAUUAUCUUUAAAUAAAUAUAAGCAUGAAUAUCAUUUUAU